GUUCACUCGUUCCCGUAACACUUCCGCGGUUCUUAUGUUAUCCUGUAAAUGCUAUUUGUACUGUAGAUAAUAUCAGAUAGUCAACCACCGACCAUGGUUGUACUCUUUGUCGCUGCGCAGUCUCUCUUACCAGCCUUCGUCGCCCUAAACUUCGAGUCAAGUUCAUGGCGUAUCAUUGCUUGCGGUCUCAUUAUCGCACUCAUUGCAGCAGACAUGACUACCCAUGACACUGGGGUAGGAUAUUUUGACUAUUGUCUCGGUGGUACCAUGGGUGUCAACGUGCUGGAUGCCAUCCGCUUUUUGCUAUUGACCCGACCCCUGGAGGAGUAUCGUCACGAAUCGGAUAAGGUUCCCGCGUACCAAUUGCCUUUUAUCCAGAGAUACUUCUGGGUCGCGAGUAUCUCGCCAAGGGGGAUCGGGUGGUCCUUCAAGGCAAACCACAGCAUACCUGUAGUCGAGCCACACCAUCGCACUCGCAAAGUAUUCAUCGCCUCGCGGUUGCGCCGCAUAUUCAAACACUACUUUCUCUUCGAAGCAGCACUCUUGUACAUUCGUAACAAUCCUGCCUUCACAUCCACGGCUUCCCUCGCUUCUCAAGGGUACCUUCUGUGUUGCCUCAACGCCCUCGUGAUGCCAUUUCGCUUCUACUUUGGCGUGACGUGCAUCCAGUCUGCCGCAGCAAUAUUCGCGGUGGCCGCUAACAUCCACGAACCGGAGUCGUGGCCGGCCCCAUUUGGGCACUGGGGAGACGCGUACACUAUUCGAAGAUUCUGGGGGAGGACAUGGCAUCAAAAUUUCAGAUAUACACUCACUAUAUUUGGCCCUAACACACGGAAAGAUCGACCGUGGGAAGAUAGGUCGCCUUCAAAGGGAUCUUCGACUCAACAGCCAAAUCAGCGCGAAUCUUGGGCGACAUCGUAUCACAAGCUUUGCAAUGCUUUCUUAUGUUCCGCCUUCAUUCAUGUGUGCGGGGAUGUCGUGCUCCAAAUUCGGAUACGAAAAAGAUUUACACUCAGCCCAAACAUAAUCGGAUUUUCUCUUCCAUUUUUCCUUCUGCAACCCAUAGGUGUGCUGAUUGAAGAUGCCGCCAUAGGAAUAGGGAAACGCACGGGCAUGAAGAUGGGAAGAUGGAGAAAAAUACUCGGAUACGCAUGGGUGUUGGUAUGGAUGUGUUGGACUUUGCACCCCUGGAUGGAUGGUUUGAAGGACGGCAUUGAAGCUGCGUACCCCACGCUGGAACCUGGAAUAACAAAAUACCUCCGUGUGACGGUGACAGAGAGGAUCGUUAAGAAGGUUUUCGGCAUAGACCUUGCGUCUACGAUAUCAUCGUGGUUCACAGCCUUGUAGUCGUGAUGCUGCAUGUUGAUACGUUCCAACGUUUAAGCUUGUCAAGAUUGUUUUGCAGAUGGACAUACUAGCCAACUCUCCACACUAAGGGUACGCGAUCUAUAGGCGACGUGGAUAACGCUGUGCUGUAUCAUUCUACAAUUUUCCGAGCGUGCUCGCCAUGAGAUUUUAUGCUCUGCUAUGGGCCACGAGGUGAAAGUGUAAAUUACAGUGUGGUUGAUGGCAUUGGAAGUUCAUUGUAGAAAUUCAAGUUGUUUUAUCCUCAAGUUUUGCUUUUUGACGCGUACUUGACU